AUAAUGAAAAAAAUGUUGCCAAAAAAUUAGAUCGCCGUGGUACGUUGAACUGAGGUGCACUGUUUUAUUUUUCAUGUGAACAACCCAUUGCAAAAGCAGAUGUUGGUAUCAGGGGCAGAUGAAGCUGCCCGGGCGCCGGCAGCGGGGGAUGCCGGGUUCCGGCGCGGGGCAGUCAGCCGAACGAACCAUCGCCAAGGUCAGGCAGGUUCUGCUCAGGCCCAGGGCCACCAGCCGCCAGCCGGGGCCCCCAGCGCCAUCCCAGGCACUGACACCGGCCGGCGGCAGCCCCGCGCCCCCGAAGGAGCUCUGGUGCCGGACCCCGGCCGGGGCGCUGGGGCCAGGGGCUGCCCGCGGCCGGGGCGGUGCGGACCCGCCACGGCCAGGCCGUGACGCCGCACCCUCCUCAGCCCCCGCGGCACCUGGGGCGGGAUCGCCCGCCGAGUGCCCGGGCCGAGCCCGCCCGAGCGCUCCCGCCGCGCUCGCUGCCGGCCCCGAGGGCUCUCACGCCGCGCCGCGGGGAGGCGGCGGGGGAUCGGCGGGGCGGCGGGAGGCGGUGCCAGGCGGGCGGGGCCGGGGCUCGGCGGGGCUGUGGCAGUGGCGGUGGCCGUGGCCGGGACUCGGCGAGUUGGAGCGAGCGGCGGCGGCGGUACAGCUGCGGCGGCAGCAUGGCUUCGUCGCAGGGGAAGAACGAGCUGCUCUUCGCCGACUGGAUGGCAGCGCUGCCCUGCAGCCUCCACAGCACCCCGCUCACCAACCUGGCCAUCCCCGGGUCUCAUGACUCUUUUAGCUUCUACAUUGAUGAAGCCUCUCCAGUUGGGCCUGAACAGCCAGAGACGGUCCAGAAUUUUGUGUCAGUUUUUGGGACUGUGGCCAAAAAGCUGAUGAGGAAGUGGUUGGCUACACAGACCAUGAACUUCACCAGCCAGCUGGGGGCAGGUAUACGGUAUUUUGAUCUCAGAAUUUCCACCAAGCCCAGAGACCCAGACAAUGAACUCUACUUCGCUCAUGGUUUAUUCAGUGCCAAAGUCAAGGAGGGUCUGGAGGAGAUCAAUGCGUUUCUCACUGAGCACCCAAAAGAAGUGGUCUUCUUGGACUUCAAUCAUUUCUACGGGAUGCAGAAAUGCCAUCAUGAAAAGCUUGUCCAGAUGCUCAAAGACACAUAUGGAAACAAAAUGUGUCCUGCUAUAUUUGCCCAUGAAGUCAGCCUGCAGUACCUGUGGGAAAAGGAACACCAAGUGCUGGUGUUCUACCACAGUCCAGUGGCUGUUGAGGUUGCCUUUCUGUGGCCAGGCCAGAUGAUGCCAGCUCCCUGGGCAAACACAACAGAUACAGAAAAGUUGAUUCAGUUCCUGCAGGCGUCAAUCACUGAGAGAAGAAAGAAAGGCUCUUUUUUCAUAUCUCAAGUAGUGCUGACACCAAAGGCUAGUACGGUGGUGAAAGGGGUUGCAAGUGGUCUCAGAGAAACAAUCACAGAAAGGGCUCUUCCUGCAAUGAUGGAGUGGGUCCGAACUCAGAAAGCAGGAGAAAGUGGUGUGAAUAUUAUCACUGCAGAUUUUGUAGAACUUGGUGACUUUAUCAGCACAGUCAUAAAGCUCAACUAUUCUCUGGAUGAAGGUGAAGAUGACACUACUUGAUAGUACUGUGAUAUAUGUGUUGUUGAGUUAUUCAGAAUUCGGGAAAAAAAGAGAAAGAUUGUAUUCUAAAAGGAUUAUAUUGUUAAACACUCAUCUUCUUGUAACACACUAAGGUGGUUAGGGCUUUAGUGGGUGGGCAUAAGGGAAAUGUUUUCAUCAUUUAUGAUCAUUUUUCAUAUUUGUGCUUAAUGUGAAGAGCAAAACUAAACAUGUUUACAGUGUCUGAUAAAAGAAGGCCAUUUACAGGUUCUCCAUGAGGUACCAAAUGUGAUUCAUGUGUCUUCUGUGGUUAUGAAUAGUGCCAAGAAAUUUGUUGUUUUCAGAGCAAGGGGAUGUAUAUAUUGUCCUCUUCCUGCUUACAGCAGGAUUCCCAACAGUGUGAGCAUUGCACCAGGAGACUGAGGACAGUAUAUCUGGCACGAAAAUUUUAAGCUGCUACAUUUCAUCUGUUAGGUGGUCUAACUGAUUGUAUUCAUCAAUGAGCUGCAGGUUUAAAUGCCUUUGUGAUGUAAAUCCAAAGUCAUGCUUCUAACACAUGCAUAAUCAGUGGAGAGUAAACAUGAUGUGUUAUGCACCAUAAUCAGUGGACAGUAAACAUGAUGUAUCGUGUAGCUUGCACAAAGCACAGACA